GACUUCGGCAUUCGGGACGCGACAGACAUUCAGCACCGUCCACGACGCCGCCAGUAAUAUGAGUACAAAUCCACCCCCAUCCAAGAACUCUCUCAAUGUUGAACGUCCGGAGUCUCUCGUUCAACGUUCGUGGAAUGCGAUGACAGACUUGCUAUCACCCUUUUCUGCUGCGGCACUGGCGACCUUGCCCAACACUCAACGACCUCGGCGAUACACUCGCGCAGAUGUUAUCCCAGAGAUAGAAAAUGAUGAGGAUGGCCAUCUUCCUACCGUCAGAGACUAUCAUGCUAUCAACUCUCUUCCUCCGAUGGUUCGAGUACCCAAAAAAAUUGCGACCCCGGUCAGGGUAGAAGGGAAGGUCUGGUUCGCGAACGAGAGGACCUGGGUGUCUUGGUUGAACAUAUCGAUAUUAAUUGGAGCUCUGGCCGUAGCCCUUUUCAAUGCUUCCCGAGAUGAAAUAGCGCGCAAUUUUGCCUAUGCCUACGCCCUAAUCAGCGCUGUGGUCCUAGUCUAUGCUUAUCUAUUGUAUCAGCACCGGAUUACCAUGAUUCGGAGAAGAGAUCCAGGGCAUUUCGAUGCGAUCAUAGGGCCCCUUGUCAUCAGCGCGUUCCUUUUCUUCGCUAUCUUUGCCAACUUUUUUAUCCGAGUCCGCGAACUUCGCGAAAAGAACGUCCCCAUUCCCGGUGCAGGUUUCAUAUCUACCAUCGCGCAGAAUUGGUACCCACUGCGUGCAGGCGAUCGCAGUAGUUCGGUUUUCGCUUUGCAGCAACAGUCGUGAUGUAUACUUUCUCGCGCUGUUUUCGCGGCUUUGUGGUGUCAUAACGCUAGUCAAUGAAAUUCUCGCAACUCGUUCACUGCUAUCGCUUGGUCCUUAUAAUCUGCCCAGACUUCAUUUGAUGACAUUCCAUGCCGAUGAUCCCCUGGGCCUUGAGGUACAUCUUGAAUCUAAUAUCGCCACAACCAAUCAGGGUAAGUAGACAAUUUAACUACCGGAGGUUAGAUCAAUUUCUCGCACUCUGCAUGGUGUCUAUCUUGUUACGGUAUGGCGCAGACUGAGUCACUGAAUAUUGGCUGUGCCCUUAUGUACCCGGAUCCGAAGUCCCCAUCCUGGCCAAAAGGUAUUAAUCUCGUCAUAAGAGCAAUGUUUAGGGUCUGUGGAAACUAAAUCUGGUUCUUAUUUUACGUGAUUACGAUGAUUAAGGUAUUAUGUACGGUAGUGCUAAUGAUACAGCAUACCCU